CAGAAGGCGGCCACGGCCGUUGCCUGAGUAACGGAGCUAUGGCCUUGAGUUGGUUCUGUGUCCGGGUGCUGUGCCGGAGGGGACCCGGCCGCUGGGGUCCUCUGUGUCGUGUAAUGGGCCGGGUUUUGACCAGCUCGGCAGUGGCUCGGGGACAUUGCGAAGCUCUGGUUUACCACAAGCAUGGCGACCCGCUCCGUGUCAUCCGGCUUGAAACCCUCAAACUUCCUCAGCUUGGCGAUUCAGAUAUUCGAGCCCAAAUGUUAGCAGCACCCAUCAAUCCAUCAGAUAUGAACAUAGUGCAAGGUACCUAUCCUAUUCUCCCUGAUCUUCCAGCAAUUGGAGGAAAUGAGGGAGUAGGACAAAUUCUGGAAGUAGGCAGUAAAGUAACUAAUCUGAAGCCAGGAGACUGGGUGAUACCAUCUGAUGCAGGGCUGGGAACCUGGAGAAUGGAAGCAGUGGGCAAUAUGAAUCGUUUUAGUAAAGUUUCGAAUAACCUACCUCUUCUAUGUGCCGCUACCUUGGGUGUCAACACAUGUACUGCCUAUAGAAUGUUGUGUGACUUUGAGACACUGAAGCCUGGUGACUCUGUGAUACAGAAUGCUGCAAAUAGUGGUGUAGGCCAGGCAGCAAUUCAGAUAGCCAAAGCUAUGGGAUUGAAGACCAUUAAUGUUGUCAGAGACAGACCAAACCUGCAGCAAUUGACAGAUAGCAUGAAGUCAAUGGGAGCUGACUAUAUAAUUACAGAGGAGGCACUCAGAAAACCAGACAUGGAAGAAUUAUUCAAGGAAGUCCCAAGACCACUUCUGGCAUUGAAUGGUGUUGGAGGUAAAAGUGCUACAGAGAUCUUGCGGCAUUUAAUGAAAGGAGGGACUAUAGUAACAUACGGUGGAAUGGCAAAACAACCGGUCAUAGUUCCAGUGAGUGCGCUUAUUUUCAACAAUGUUAAAGUCCGCGGAUUCUGGAUGACACAGUGGAAACGAGAUCAUGGGCAUGACUUGGUGCAGGAGAUGAUCUCCGUGCUGUGUGACUUCAUUCAAGCAGGGAAGCUGAGGGCACCAGUUUGCACGAAGGUUAAAUUCCAGGACUAUCGGACUGCUCUCAAAGCUGCAACAACACCAUUUACAUCCAGCAAGCAGAUCUUAAUUAUGUGACUUCUUUACAACUGUAAGCAAUCUAGUAAACAAUUACAAAAUAUGGUAGAGUCUUCAGAAAGACAGUUUUCAGUUUCUUCCAGUCCAGGCUGUGAAAUGUGACAGCCUGACCACUGUAUCUUAAAGAAAUCUGUAACUGUGCUGUAAUCUUUGAAAUGCAUCGUAUCUGUGCUUUGUAUAUGUUAAAUCAUUGUGGCUGAUGUCACUUUUUCAUCAUCUGAAUUUUCACUGUGUAGACAGCAACUUAGUGAAGAAUCAGAUAGAAAUGCAAGACAUAGAGAGGAUGCACAAUACCUACCACCAAAAAUGAAAAUAAAUAUAUAACUUGAAGUCAAAAGCAAAA